GGCGCGGCGCGCCAGGCGCAGCGCGUGCGCGCGCGGCGUGCGGUGGUGCGGCAGCGCCGCCUCGGCCUGUGCGUCGCACGUGCAGCCGGCGGCGUGCACCAGCUCCCAGUCCACCACGUCGGGAUCGUCCACGUAGGCCGCGCCCACGGCCCGCGCCAGCGCCCGCACCUGUUCUAUUCUCGGGGAUUCAGGAUUGGGAUAACCGUCCAAGUUGCGGUGCUUGUGCAUGUAACGAAAGAUUUCCUCGAGUUCCUCCAACUGAGAGGAACGCCGUUUCUGGAAAGCUCGGAUCUCCUCUUCCGGAGCGUCCGCCGCAGGCAACUGGAAAUCGUAGAUGGCGUGCAGUCGCGUGUACAGGUCGGCGGCCGGUAGCAUGCUCAAGAAAGGGUUGAGUGUGCUGAAGAAGUCGAGGUCCACAUCCAACACGAGGCCGCCGUUCUCGGAAGCGCGCCGACGCAAAAUGUCAGCCAACGCCUCCGCUUCCACCUGUUCUGCCUUCUUCACUUCCGCUUCCGAAGCGUCGCUGAGACAAGCGCCGAAAGUUAUCACGUCCAACGUCACCUCGCGAGCGUUCUCCAGAUCUUCCUUCGAGGCCCACAGCGCCUCGCUCAAGAAAUAUGGCAAGGUGGAUGUGACUUUGAUGUCGCUCGAUGCGCGGUCUCGGCCAACGAAAAAACUGUACGAACCUUGGGGUAUCUGAUGAGCCCAAGGCGGUUUUACCCAAACUAAAGAUGAAAAGUGCCCGGCAUAUGCCGCGGGUAUUAUCCAGUUUUCGAUGCUCAGGUGGCUGAAAAGUUCAUAUUUAUCCCACACGGCAUCUGCUGGCAUUCCUUUCGGAAUCCCCAUAUCCGGAUGCGAGUCGAGAUGAAUCAGUGUAUUAUUCUCUAACGAAAGAUGUUUAGAUCCUAUACAUCUAUAAAUAAAUGGAAGGACGUCGUUGUGAUAAUCGACAACAUAUAUGGGUAUUUCUUUGAAGUUCCUCGAACGAACAGUACACACAUCGUUGGAACUUGUUGCCAUCUUUCAAAUAUAUGCGAUUCAAUUAUUCUCAGUACUGUCCCAUGUACUGCUUUGAAAAACCGCCGAUAACACCACACACACACACACACACACGCGUUGUGUUAACAUCGGCACUCCUUACAUCACACUGAUAAUACCAUAUUCCACGUUCAGAUGCAGUACUCCAACCGUGUUUCUUAAUGACCACUAUCUUGCAAUGUGGCUUGCACUGAAGCUCAGAGGGAUUCUAAAAUCUUCAUGAUCACAUCAGCGCAUAAGGUUAUGCACAGUAUAUGCAUGUUCCGACGUGGUGAACGGUGGUGAGAUCCGGUACGAUCCACUGUGUGAUGUUUGCUAGUGUUUGGAAUCGUGAUUAAUCGAAAAGAGUCGAAGUUCGCGUGGUGGGCUAGUUUGUGGGUUGUAGUUAUUAAUGUUUUUGCUUAAUUGAAUUUUAAAGCUUCUAAUGCGAAUAUGGCUAUUAGAAAUCUCCGUUCGUUGUUAUUGAUGAAUUCUGGACGAGCGGCUGUUCUUUCCAAACACGGAACGUUUAUUCUUGAAUAUGUUCCUGUUUUGGGCUCUGUUAAUAAUGUCAGACAUCAUCAUAUUGCAUCCUCGAGGAGGAAUCAUGGAGUGACAAUGAAUAUUUUGAGGCCACCUCACAUUUUUAAAGGAACUAGUAAUGUGAAGGGAAAACAUUUUCUAAGUUUUUCUGAUGCUAGAUUAGCAAGUACAUUUGUUGUGGAAGCACCAGGAAAGUUAUCAGAUGCCGUAUCUGGACAAGAACCAGCUGUUGCGGGCUCUGUGACUACAUCAAGUGUAGUAACUGACCCUAUACCUGAGCCACCUUCUAUACCUUCUGUGGAAGCAACUACAGAUGCUAUAAAUUCUGCAUCAGAAACUUCAUUUGCUUCUCUGGGCUUAGGAGGAUGGACUCCAGUUGGCAUAGUGGAGAACUGUAUGGAAUUCCUUCAUGUUGAUUGUGGAAUUCCAUGGUGGGCUUCUAUUGCACUAGCUGCUCGAUAUGCACAGGAGCUAAUGCUAUUCAUGAAAGAAAAGAAAUUAAAUCCCUUAAAGAACAUGCUUGUGCCUUUAGCUCAGGCUCCUAUUUUUAUAUCAUUUUUCAUGGCUUUAAGGGGAAUGGCCAAUAUUCCAAUACCAGACAUGGUGACUGGUGGAUUGUGGUGGUUCACUGAUUUGUCGAUGCCAGAUCAAUAUUUUCUCUUACCUCUUCUGACAAGUGCAACUCUCUAUGUAACAAUUGAAGUUGGUACUGAUUCUGCUCGUCUCAAUUCACAGAACAUGCAUGUGAUGAAAUAUGUACUGAGGGCUCUGCCAAUAUGCAUAUUUCCUUUCACAGUCAACUUCCCUGGAGCAGUUUUAUGCUAUUGGCUAUCGUCAAAUGUUAUAUCUUUAAUACAAGUGGGUUUGCUACGAGUCCCUGCUGUCAGAGAACUCGCUAAAAUAGAACCAUUAAUACGUCAUGACCCUGACAGUCUACCAAGUAAACCCAAAGGGUUUGUGGAAGGAUUUAAAGACUCUUUCACAAAUAUGAAGAUCACUCGUGAGAUGGAAGAAAGAGAAAGGUAUGAUGAAAUGCAAUUCAGGAGAGCAGGAACUGCUCCACUUAGAAAAACAUUUAAGUAUGAUCCAACAUUACCAAGUAAUGCUGUUUCAGCUAAGAAAAGAAGUACUUGAAAACAGCAAAUUGUUUAGAUGUAGGUAAAUGUACAUAAACAUCUUGUGACAUAGUGAAUUUAUGUAAUAAAUGUUUGUAUGAAAAUAUGUUUAUAAUGUAUUCUUAUGUUGUAGUGUAACAAUGAUCUUCCCAAAUUAUAUCAUGUAAAUGUGUUGUAUAGUCAUAAUAUUGGACUCCUGGAUAAACGGGUUACUGUUGGAAUAUUUUUGAUAAUCAUUAAAUUAGUCUAGUUUAUUUAUUCUGUAAUAGGAUGAUUUGCAUUUUUGACUUAUCUGAUACUAUUCAUUAGUUUCCCUUGACAAAAAUAUCAGUUGGGUACCAUUCAUUAAUUAGCAAAUAUUUUGCUCUCCUGAUUUCAGAAAUAGUUACAAAUUUCGUUCGAUACUAAUUCUUUAUAACCAACGCAUUCAAGUAACUUCAGUAAAUUUCUUCAUAAAUUAUAAGAGAUCUUAUCAGUUACAAUGUAAUCCCAAAC